AUGCCCGAGCUUGCAGGACAACUUGCCUCGAUCGACUAUCUGAUCAUCGGCGUCUAUAUGGCCGGCGUGUUGCUGGUGGGGUCGUUUUUCGGCCGCUAUAUCCACUCUUCCGGCGACUUGUUUCUUGCCGGACGAGCGUUGCCCUUUUGGGCCAUCGGCAUGUCGAUCGUCGUCAGCGACAUCGGGGCGAUCGACCUGAUCGCGGGUGCCGGAGGGGCCUACGAACAGGGAAUCGCCCAGGCUAACUUCGACUGGAUUGGCUCGGUACCGGCAGUGCUGGUGGCCGCUUUCGUCUUUCUGCCCUACUACUGGCGGGCCGGGGUCUACACCGUGCCCGAGUUCUUGGGACGUCGUUACAACGGCGGCACCCAGUGGGUGCAGGCCCUGAUGCUGCUGUUCUUCAUGGCGGCCAACGUCUCGGUGUUCCUGUGGAUGUCGGCCGUAUUUCUCAACGAAGUGUUGGGUUGGAGCUACCUCACCGCGAUUUGGGUCACGGUGGUCAUCGUGGGCAUCUACACGGUCACCGGUGGUUUGGCCGCCGUGGUGAUGACCGACGUGAUGCAGCUCGUGGUGAUGUUCGUUGGGGCCGCCGCGUUGUUGUUUCUCAGCAUGUGGGAAGUUGGUGGCUGGGAUGGCCUGACGCAGACCAUUCUCGAUCAAGGCGAGAAGGGCCCCGAGUUCUUCAAGCUGCUAGUGCCGCACCUGGCCGAUACCGAAUAUCCCUGGACGGGCAUGGUUUUCAGCUUAGGGCUGAUCAUGUCCACGUCGUACUACGUGGCCAAUCAAGCUGUGAUGCAGCGAGCCCUGGGUGCCCGCACCGAGUGGGACGCCAAGGCGGGCAUGAUCUUCGCCGGGCUAUUCAAGCUGUUCAUCCCAGUGCUGGUCUUCAUCCCGGGCCUUGCAGCACGAGCGCUCGACCCAACCUUGGGAGACGAAGCGGAUAAAGCCGUGCCCAUGCUGGUGAAUAAGCUCAUGCCGGCAGGGCUGAAGGGCCUCAUGUUUGCGGCCUUUCUCGCGGCACUUAUGUCGAGCGUCGACUCUUACUUGAACUCGUGCGCGACGGUGUUCAUGUCCGACGUUUAUGGGAAGAUCCACAAAGGCAUCACCGGCCAUGGGUUGAGUGACAAGCAGGGCGUGAUCUUCGGACGUGUGCUUACGGCUGUAAUUCUCAUUGGUGCGGCCUUGGUUGCUCCCUUCGUCAGUCAGUUCGGCACGAUCUACGAAGCAAUCCAGACACUGCUUUCGCUAUUCCAAGGGCCGACACUCGCCAUCUUGUUGCUGGGCAUAUUCUGGAAGGGAGCCACUCCCUGGGGCGGCUUUGUUGGGCUAACCCUAGGCGUGAUCACUACGGUGAUGCUCAACCUAUUAGGCAAUUCGGUGUUCCCUUCGAACACACCAUUCUUGUUUGUGUCGUUCUGGUCGUUCUUUCUCUCGCUGGGCAUUACGGUCGUGGUGAGUUUGUUCACACCGCCGGCACCACCUGAAAAACUGCGAGGACUGGUCUACAAUCGGGUGCUCAGCGAUGCCGACGCUCAAGCUGCCCUGCAGAAGCGCCUCGGCCGUGGGGUUGUUCGUCAUCGCGGGGCUUUGGGCGGUGAGCCUCAGUCGCGAAUUCGUGUACCUGGGCGCCCCCAAUCAGGCCCGCUGGCGCGAUCUGAGAAUUUGGGCGGUGAUCUUGUUGACGCUCUACACGAUCGUCUACAUCACCCUGGGCUGACACUCCAACGGAGCGAAACCGUGAACGAGCCAGAUCAUGAUGCCCAUAGUCGUCGCGACGCCGCCUCGAUGCAGUUGUUGGGGUUCUUCUUCAGCGUGUUGGCGAGCCUGGUGUUGAUCGCCACCCUAUGGACGCUUGAUCGCCCUCGCGCCAUGACGGUGAAUCUCAUCGCCGGAAUGACACUAAUGGCCGUGGGUGUGGGGAUGAUCUGGGGUGGGCGACGUUUGAAUGCCUCGUUGCCGCCUGAAGAUCCCUCGGGUGAUCUGCCCACCAAUACGCGUCGCCAGCCGAAGUUAGAAAUGGUCUGGAUGCCUUGCCACCAUCUGCGGUUUCCACUCUCGAAAGAUGGUCGCGAAGGGGCGAUCGAGCUACUCAUCGGUGGGCACGAUGCCAUGGUGACGCGACUUCGCGGCGGCGGGGUCGAAGUUCAAGAAGUGAGCGACUUCGAGGCAUUCGCCCCCACCGUUGGCGACGAAGAUGCAGUGGAAAUUGCUCGCGAACAGCUCACACUGGCCCGGGUUCGCGAGCCGGGGUGGAAUAACCAGAACCUUGACGUCGGUCACCCGGAAAUCGACCUGUGGCAAUACCCGUACUGGGCCUACUACUACGAGCGACGCAAAGGUAUGUUAGACGUCUUAUUGCUCGACGCCGUGACCGGCAAACCGGUGGGAAGCCGCACCAAAGCGGCCUUUCUUGCGGCCAUCACCGCCGAGCCCACGGAACCAGAAGCCCCCUACGGCAAGCCGUUUUUCGUGAUUGCCAGCGACUACCAGUAUUACCGCGACCGUCGCGAUCACUGGGAAGAUCGGCUCACCAAGUUGAAGGAAUCAGGCGUCGAACUCAUUACGUUUUACACCCCAUGGCGUCACCAUCUGCAGAUGGACAAUGGUCGUCGCGCCUACGACUUCAACGGCAGCACGAAGGACAGCCGUGACCUAAAAACAUUUCUGGAAACGGUCAAGCGGCUCGACCUGUUGAUGGUGAUCAAGCCGGGGCCGUUUGUGCACUCCGAGUUAAACGUGGGUGGCUUGCCCGAUUUGGUCAGCCCCGGUUUCAACCCCGGCAUGCCCGAAGCCCGACGUCAUCACGGCCGAGCGUGCCGGUGGACCUACGACAACAGUCAACUGCCGGCCCCCUUCGACGAGCACUUCGACGGCCUCGUGAAGGAAUGGCUCGAAGCGGUCGGCGAAGUGAUCGCCCCCUACUGCGGUACCGACGGGCCCUGUAUUGCCAUUCAAUUGAAUGACGAAACCAUUUACUGCAUGUCGAACGAUCCACCGUGGCACAUUGGCUACGAGCCCUCUGGCCUGCGUUUCUAUCAGCAGUUGCUCGCGGAGAGAUACGGAGACGUCGAGACGUACAAUCGCCUGCACGGUACGAAUCACACGGCGCUCGAUUUCGUGGGCGGGCCCAAAUUGCUCACAGUCGAUGACAGCCCCAAGGAUCAGCCUCCGGGUCCGUCCUCACGCGAGGAAGUACUGAAAUACGCCGACUGGGGUGAGUAUCAGUGGAAGCUGCGGCGGGAGUUCUACGUCCGCUAUGCGAAGUACCUCGGCAUCGAUCUACCCCAGUUGACCAACUAUGCCGGCAUCACGCCCCCGAUCGAGGAGAACGUUCCCGAUCUUCAGGACGAAGCCCACGAGGUGAUCCCCAGCGAUUACCAACGGCUGUAUCCCGAGUGGUGGUUCGCCAUGAACCGCGUGGAUGCCGACCGCGACGACUACGAGUACGGCAUGAUCAGUUGGUUGGGCGUGGCCGCCUACGAUCGAGACGUUUUCGAUCGCUACGUGAAUACCGCCCGACGCGCCCGUGGUUUGAACCUGGAAGAAAACUGGGGAUUCGCCGCGUUGUAUGACAAGCGAAGCAAGUUCCCCGUGAUUCCGUUCUAUCAAACACUCGUUUCGGUCGCGGCGGGUGCGACGGGAUAUGACAUCUUCGUAGGUGCCAGCACCGAUUACUGGGACGAAACGCUCGACCGCAUCACGAAGUUGCAGUGCCCAACGUUCCCCUCCGAUGCACCGAUCGACGAGCAUGGAAAUUUGCGGCCGCUCUAUCACACGGCGAAGUUUCUCAACUCCUGGUUCGUCGAACACGGCGAUGCAUUGCUGAACUGCGAGAUUGAUAUCGACGUUGCCUACCUGCUCUACCCGCCAUACGCAGCCGUGUCCUCUUGGGUGCCGGACGAACGCUACUGGCGCGUGGCCGACAGCGAGAUUCCCCGUUGUGGUCGCGAGGGCUUUGAAGAGUUUUCGCACUCCCUACAAGAAGCCGGUUACGCCUUCGGUAUGUUUGAACUCGACGCGGCCACCGAAGAGCAACUCUCGCAACCCAAGGCACUCGCCCUGCAAAGUGGCUACUUCAUGGAUGCUGCGAGCCAAGAGCGAUUGGCGAAGUUUGUCGAAGAUGGCGGUCGGCUGUACAUUUCCGGCCAAUUGCCCGAGGUCGACGACAAGCUCGAGCCGUGCACACGAUUGAAAGAUGCCAUCGAGAAGGCCACGGCCGGGAAAGACAGCAAAGUGAUUUACAGCCGCGAGAACUUCUUCGCCGAUGGCAAGUUCGCCAAAGUGGUGGAAGAGUCGGGGCUGGAAACCAACGUGACCUACAGCGAGACCAUUCGUGCCUACGUACACCGCGGCGGUAACGAGCGGUUCGUGUUCUUCUUCAGCUUCGACGAAGGCGGCCCGCACGAGCGUUGGAUCGAAUACGAUCGCCAACGCAUCGAACUCACACUCGGUUCGAAAACCAGCGGCGUCCUUCGCAUCACCGACGGCAAGAUCACCGGUCACAUGAUCAAGGGGGCCAACGAAGUCGACGAAACCGUGGCCGACGUGCGAAUCAAGCUGAACGACCAGGUAAUUGAAGGUCGGGGAGACUUUAGUUCGACGGAGUAA